CACGUUUUGCUUCUUGUUCUGUGACAAAAAGGACCCUCCUACAUGUUGCUGUUUCAAAGUCUCUUGUCCAUCUGGUUGCAGACAGAUGGAUGAUGCUGUUUGCAGGAGAUACUUCCCCCGGAUUCAGCCUCAGGCUUUAAGUUGGAAAAACAAAUCCAAGGAGAGAUGCACUGAGAGAGGGGAAUCCAGAUCUCUGGAAGUGCAAAGUCUGCUGCAGCUGCUGCCUAAGAGGGGGAAAUUCACCACCAGCCUACCAUAGGGAAGAAGGAAAAGCGGGAAAUCAAUCAUGCAGCAAGUGACAGGCUGACAGAACACAUCCCUCGCAGCACAGAGAGCCUGAGAACCCAGAAAACCAUACAAGAAAUAUUAGAAACAAACGAAAUAAUCAACACCUCUGUGCUUAAAAAAAAAUACGGGGAAAGAAUCCUUGAUCAUUAUGGAGAGGCAGUGAGCAGCAAGGGGGAGAAGGAAUGAACAGUGCUCAUCUAGCAAACAAGUCACGUCUUUUUGUUGUUGUUGAGGGCAAAGGGGAGAGAGACGCCAUGCUCAGGCUGUGCUGGGAACUAAUGUGAUACCUAGUGAAGAUGGCGUAUAUACAGUUGGAACCGAUAAAUGAGGGUCUGCUCUCUAGACUCUUGGAUCUCUUGCUGUGCAGAUGGACUUGUAGAAAUUGUUGUCAGAAGUGUUUUGACUGUAGCUGUUGUCAGUCGAGCGAAGAUGAAGUUGAAAUCCUGGGACCUUUUCCUGCACAGACGCCAGCCUGGCUGAUAAGCAAUCAAAAUGAGGACAAAGAUGGAGACUCUGAUAACACAACCAGCGAGCCACCUCCAACUCCUCAAGACUCUUCUCCUGACAGAAGGCGAUCAUCUUCAGAUACAUCACGGUCUACUUACAGCCUCACAAGGCGGAUUUCAAGUCUAGAAUCGAGAAGGCCAAGUUCUCCACUAAUUGACAUUAAACCUAUUGAGUUUGGAAUUAUAGGAGCUAAAAAAGAAAUAGUUCAGCCAACUAUCCUGAGAAAAACGUAUACCCCAGAUGACUAUUUUAGAAAAUUCGAACCAAGACUCUACUCUCUUGACUCUAAUAGUGAUGACAUGGACUCCUUGACAGAUGAGGAAAUCUUAUCGAAGUACCAAUUGGGCAUGCUGCAUUUUAGCACACAGUAUGAUCUGUUGCAUAAUUAUCUAAUAGUGAGGGUAAUUGAGGCUAAAGAUCUGCCUCCUCCAAUUUCGUAUGACGGUUCAAGACAAGAUAUGGCUCAUUCCAACCCUUAUGUCAAGAUCUGCCUCCUUCCAGAUCAGAAGAACUCCAAGCAGACAGGAGUAAAACGCAAAACCCAGAACCCAGUGUUUGAGGAGAGGUACACCUUUGAAAUUCCAUUUUUAGAAGCCCAAAGAAGAACGCUACUUUUAACCAUAGUGGAUUUUGACAAAUUCUCACGCCACUGUGUCAUAGGCAAAGUGUCAAUGCCAUUAAAUGAAGUUGACCUUGUGAAGGGCGGACAUUGGUGGAAGGCCCUUGUUCCCAGUUCGCAGAAUGAAGUCGAGUUGGGAGAGCUGCUGCUAUCACUAAAUUACCUUCCCAGUGCAGGAAGACUGAAUGUAGACAUUAUUCGAGCGAAACAACUUCUUCAGACAGAUAUGAGCCAAGGUUCAGAUCCCUUUGUGAAAAUUCAGCUGGUUCAUGGAUUAAAAUUAGCCAAAACCAAGAAAACCUCUUGCAUGAAGGGUACAAUAGAUCCCUUCUACAAUGAGUCCUUCAGUUUCAAGGUUCCUCAAGAAGAACUGGAAAAUGCCAGCUUAGUAUUUACAGUUUAUGGCCACAACGUGAAAAGCAGCAAUGACUUUGUUGGAAGGAUUGUGAUUGGUCAGUAUUCGACAGGCUCACCAGAGUCAAACCACUGGCGUCGAAUGCUCAAUUCCCAUCGGACAGCGGUGGAGCAAUGGCACAGUCUGCGGUCCCGGGCUGAGUGUGAUCGCGUCUCUCCAGCAUCUCUUGAGGUGACGUGAGAAUGGUCCUUCAUCACCAACACAAGCAAACAACUGAGGAAAAAAAAUCAAACCCACACACGCUCCCAUGUGAUUUCCAUGGAAUUGAAAGUAACUGUUACAGCUGCUGGUAACAAACUGGCUGCGUUAGCCUACGUGCCUCAGUGAACCUUCAUAAUGCAAACCAUGUAUCACUUGUUCAUGUGCCCAUUGUUUUCACAGGGUCACGACUAAUGUGGCCUGUUGGACCUGUUACUACUUGCAUCAUCUGCUGCAUCCACACCACUGUUUUUAAUCCACGUACAUUAUAAUGGAGACUAUUCAAAAGGUCACUAUUAACGCAGAAGCGUUCUUUACCUGCUCCAACGUAUUGCAGAGCAGAUUAUAGGCUGAUCUGCCAUGGAGAUUCUGAGUUAACUGAAAACUUUUUGAGUUGCCUCCGCUACCCUUACAGUACCGCUCCAUGACUCAUUUUAUUGGAGAUGUAAGUAUUUGUGUGUUCUCUUUGGUGAAUGUGGUAAAUGGGCUAGAGUAUUUUUUUUAAAUGAUAGAACAUGUGGUAAAAUCACUUCUAACUACAGUUUUGUCUUUGUACUUGUUCAACAAAAUUAAACUCCUGUUAGUAUGUAUUUGUGCCUUUGUGGGUCUGGGUGUGUGUAUGUGUUUGUGUGUGUACAUGUGCAGUGUUACACACACAGGCCCUCACAUACAACCAUGUAUAACAUGGAGCUAAUGUUCUGUCAGUAAUGAGACCCUGCCACUCUAAUAUAGCAAUCUCUGUAUGUAAAGUAGAUAGAGUAUGACAUAGCAAAAUAAACCUUUUCAAUAAAGUGCAUUCUGGAAAAGCCAUGACAAGCUUUUAAAGACCUUUCUUAUGUUGUGCAAAAGAUCCUGCUUUGGGAGCUUUUGCAGAUAAGAAAACCCAAAACAACACAUGGUUUUAAUUCCCUUCUUAGCAGGCUGCAGUGGGUCUUUCUGUGUUUUAUGUACUAAACAAGAUAGUUUUUCAAACCACUGAGUGAGUUUUAGCUACAGUCAAGCUGUCUGUUUUGCUGGAUGCUUCUGUACAUUUUUUCAUGGCAUAUUGUCUGGUAUGAUGGAGAGUGUCUAUUUAUUGAAAAUAAAGAUCUAUUUAUUUGUGCCAUGUA